AUGGCUGCCACAAGCACCACCAUCGUGUUCUUCCUCGUUCUCGAGAUCACCUUCUCUUCCACCUCCUCCGCCGUAAACAAGACGCAGGCACCUUCUUCUUCUUCUUAUUCUCCUCCACCGGUUCCAACAUGUACGGAGGAGCUGGUUAUGUUCUCUCCAUGCCUUCCUUACGUCUCCGCUCCACCAAACAACAUGUCAGACACGCCGGAUCCACUUUGCUGCUCGGUUUUCUCCACAUCCGUUCAUUCCGGCGCCGGAAACUGCCUCUGUUAUCUUCUCCGGCAACCGAUGAUCCUUGGAUUCCCAUUAGAGAGAUCAAAACUGCUUUCUCUUUCCCAGAUCUGUACCGAUCAGAGAUCCGACGAAUCUUUCGAGUCUCUCUGCUCGCCAUCAGAGUCGCCGGAGCUUCCACCACUUCAGAAUAUUCAGUUCACAGCUCCUUUUGUUUACGGUGAUAGAGCUUCCGCAUCUCCUCCAUCGUUAGCCAUAGCACCAGCAACCGCCGGAAUUUCACCAGCCUCCGAUCAAUUCUCACCAGAAAUGGGCAACUUAUCAUCAUCACCACCAGAAUCCAUCAUAAACGGCUCUCCAAAGAUCAGAAGCUUCUGGUUUCUUUCGACUAUCAUCAUGACUUUGCCUACUUCUAUCUUCGAGUUAGGUUUACUUCUUUCUUUCCUUUGA